AUGGCGCAAGGCAGCGUUUCCUCUCUCUCAGUGCCAGGAUCUGCCCUUCCUGUGUACGAGGUCAAUGAUGGCCAUGCGACAAUGUUCUGGUCCUCCCUGCGCAAUGACUACCAGGAUCUCAAAAACAACUCGGCCCAGAAUCCGCUGGUCCGAGUGGUUGGGCUAGGCGACAAUGUUUUCGACAUUGGCUUCGACAUCACUCUCCCGCCAGACGCACCUCCUACGGAUCUAGAGUGCUUCACCUUGUAUGGUAGGAUUCAGCCGUUUGGGGGAGCGGCAGGAGACGUAUCUGUUUGCGCACAGGUGAACAGUGUCUCCAUAGACAGUCUCCGCGGCUCGGUGGCCAUCUCAUUAUCAGGAUGCACGAACUAUCUUCCUUGGGGCCUCCGUGGAGAAAUCAAAUGGGAUAUUUCGAACUCCUUCAGUACCUAUCCUACAUCAUUUGCUAUGCCUCUUGGGUCUACCUUUGUCGAGCUUUACUUUGUUUCUACGGCAAGAUUACCCGAUUUUCUCUUUCGGGGUCUUCCAAUUGAAUUCUUUCGAAAAUUCCUCCUGCCUCUUCAAAGCAUGAACAAGGAUCCAGAUAUCGGGGCUUUCAAUGACCCUAGCAUCGGCCGCUAUAUCAGCGACGACGAGCAGGGUUGGAAGACAUAUGUGAUUGAGAAGCUUCACUACCAACCCAAUAUCCGGUACAACUCUUUCGGCGGGGGAGAGGCGAAAUAUUUCAACGGAGGAAUCAUGGGCAACGCGUUAUCUUUUGGCCAGUGGUGCAACAACUUGAGCGAUGGCAAUACCCAUGUCAUUAAUUGCUACGAUCUGGCGGCACUGGUGCAGACUAUUUUGCCCCUUGGACUUCAAGACGCCCGCUUCCUGUACAUGAAGAGGAUGGCUCCUUUCGGUUACAUCAACACAUCGCUGUUGAUCGGGCGCGGCGAAUGCAACAGCCCACUGGGAACGCCGUUCGUCACACCUCAGAAUGACCCCAAGCGCACUGGCUUUGGAUCGCACAUCUUCAUGACCAUUGCAGAUGACAAGGUGACGCAAGCUAAUGGGUCCUCUGAGAAAGUGCUUGACGCAACCUGCCGUCCCAUGUCGGGCCCUCCGCAUGCAGGACAAGAAACCAUUUCAGAGUACUUUCAGAAUUCUGUCGAUGCAACAACGACGCUCUACGGCCCGGCGACAAUUCAACAUGGAACUGUGACUUCCCCUCCAUGUACAAGCCCGUACAAUUGGACAGGUGUCACUUCUCUUAAGACACCUCCAGAGUUCUUCUCCAUGAAGAAGCUUCUCGCGCAGCCUGUGCCCAAAGAAUCGGAUAUUUUGGACGGCGUCACCAAUAUAUUUGCCUCGGGUUGGACUCUGGAGACACCCACCUUUGAUCUCACAACCGAACAGUGCACUGCCACAUGGCUAUUGACAAACAAGACCACGCAAGAGGUGAUGAACUUGACAAUCACGCGUUUCAUGACUAUUGAUAAUGCCAAGAAGCAGUACGCCAAAAGGGUCGAGCGAUUCACAGAUGAUAAUGGCAUUGAGCUCUCGAGUGAUUUGGCACACGCGCCUGCUGGACUCAAGCAACUAUGGGCAAAUGUUGCCAACUAUUCCUACGUCCUCGAGCCCAUCGGUGCUGUUUUGUGGUCUCACUAUAAUUUCCUGAUCGUCAUAUCCAACGACAGCAACCCUCAAGGCCUUGUUCCGUAUGCCAGCCAGAUUGGGGCGUUGGUUGAUCAGGCCCACAGUGCUGCUGUCAACUCCCAGCCACUCUCGAUAAAUGGGGGGAAAGCGGAGGAUCUUCAGUUCAGCUAUUCAGUCGGGGAUCAAUUCGAGGUGACGGUGAACGGAGGGGAUCGUGGUGUUAUCGACCUCCAAUUCACAGGAACGAGUGUUCUCUACAUGUCAUCAUCCAGGAAUGACAACGUGUUUACCUUCACGUUUUUGUGCCGCACUGCUACGCCGAUCAAUAAGUGGGAUAUUAUUUCGUUCUCAACGUUCGAUGCUUCUUUGGACAAGCCCAAGCCAAGGAAUAUCUACGUAGAAAUCAUGUAA